UCACGCUGGCGAAGGGUGCGAUUGCGUGCCAACAAAGAGAUGAAAGACAAGAUCGAUAAUCUCGAUGUUCAAGUCCGUAGUAUGAGCGAGGCCAUGAAUACCUUAGGCGACGGGCUCGAUAUAACUAAGGCAUCUGUUCAUGAAUUGAUGGAGAUCAUGAACCGCCGUUUCGAUGAGAUGACGCGCAACAUGAUGGCGCGCCAAUCACCGCCCCGACGACCCAAUCGCGAUCGGCCCGAUCAUGAAGGACGCCGCGAACGCGAGCAUGACGAUGACCAAGCGCGACGAUGCGAGGACCGAGAGCUCGAACGACGCCAUGACCGUGAGCGACACGACGAGGAACGGCGAUAUGAUGAGCACGAGCGAGACGUGGACCGCGAGCAACAACGCGAGGAGUACGAGCGGGAAGACGACUUCGACCGACGGUCCCAGGCGUCUAACCGCCACGACCGACCGAAGCCAGAAAAGCCAAAGCUCGUGUUAUCCACCUUCACCGGCGCAGAUCCCGAUGCAUGGCUCAACCGGGCUGCCCAAUAUUUCGAGCUGAAUGAGAUCGAAGGCAGCGAUCGGGUAAAGUACGCUGCUUACUAUCUUGAUGGAGAAGCCAACGUGUGGUGGCAGUGGCUUACAAGCGUCUACCGUGGCCGACGACAAGUCAUCAGGUGGAACGACUUCGAGCGCGAGUUACUUACGCGUUUCGGAACAUCCGACUACCACAACUACAAUGAGGCGCUAUCACGCAUACGGCAAACAGGAAGCUUGCGCGACUAUCUAAAGGAGUUCGAGCGAUUGGCAUAUCGCGUACGUGGCUGGCCCGAGACCGCGUUG